ACGGGAAUAUCUGGUGGGAGAAGAAGCGGGAUGUUGUAAACAGUGAAACGCAUCAUUCCAGACAUUCGUAGAGAUACUUGUCUGUGGUCAAGGUCAAGGCUUAAAUAUGACUUUCUUAAAACGGUAGUGCAUACUCUCAGCCACAAACCAUGGUGGAAUUGAAGGCACCCUUGACCUUGCCAGCUGUGGUCAUCUGUGCUCUCUUGUUUGACUUGGUGGAAUCAGUCCCUCCUUUUGACCCUUACAAGGUGCUUGGGGUCACAAAAAGCGCCAGUCAAGCUGAAAUUAAAAAAGUCUACAAGCGUUUGGCCAAAGAAUGGCAUCCAGACAAAAACAAAAAUCCAGAAGCUGAGGAUAUGUUUAUCAAGAUCACCAAAUCAUAUGAGAUCCUGUCCAGUGAGGAGAAGAGAUCAAACUAUGACCGUUAUGGACAGACGGACGACACUCAGCCGUUUGGCCAUCAUGGACACCACCCAUUUCAUGACCAUUUUUAUUUUGAUGAGACAUUCUUCCAUUUCCCCUUCAAUGCCAAGGAUGGCAGAGACUUUGCUGACAGCAAAUACAUGCUUCACUUCAAUCAAUACAUUAAUGACAUUGUGCCUGACAGCUUUAAGCGACCCUACUUGAUCAAAAUAACAUCUGAUUGGUGCUUCAGCUGCAUCCACAUUGAGCCAGUGUGGAAAGAGAGUGUGCAGGAACUGGAACCUCUGGGUGUUGGCAUAGGUGUGGUGGAUGUUAGCUUUGAGCGACGAUUGGCCAAUCACCUUGGUGCACAUCGUACCCCAUCCAUACUUGGUGUUAUAAACGGCAAGGUGACCUUUUUCCACUAUGCUGUGGUGCGACAACACCUCAGGCAGUUUGUAGAGGACUUGCUCCCACAAAGACUUGUUGAGAAGGUGACCGAUAGGAAUAACCACCAGUUUCUAAACAGCUGGCAUGCAAUCAACAAACCCCACGUCCUCCUUUUCGACCAAGUUCCCAUUGUCCCAUUGCUAUAUAAGCUGACUGCAUUUGCCUAUAAAGACUAUGUGCAAUUUGGGUACGUGGACCAGGGUCUCACAGAGACAGCAAACCUACUGAGACAGUUCAACAUUAAUACAUAUGCUCCAACAAUGCUUGUGUUCAAGGAAAACACAGACAAGCCAGCAGACAUUAUUCAGGCUAAGGGGAUGAAAAAAACAAUAAUUGAUGAAUUCAUAUCAAACAACAAGUUCCUCUUGGCUCCUCGGCUGGUGAAUCAAAAGGUCUUUGAUGAGCUUUGUCCUGUGAAACAGUUUCACCGGCGCAGGAAAUACUGUGUGUUGUUGAUCACAAGUGAAGAGGAGUCGUUUUCCACUGGUAAUAAGGCCUUCCUUUCCCUGGCCUCCACCAACACCAACGAUGUCCUGAGAUUUGCCUACGUGUACCAGCGGCAGCAGCAGGCCCUGUGCGACACGCUACUGAGGAACAGGGACAGCACUCCUCCACAGGUGGUGAUUCUGGAGCGGCGGAGCGGAGCUGGCAAGGUCCUGUACAAGCCUGUGUUGAGCGGCUGGAACGGCAGCGAGGAGGACAAGCACCGGCUGCUGGAAGAGCUGCAGCGGCUCCAGAAGGACCCCUCUGUCCUCAACCACGACGCCAUACUGCCGGAACUCAACAAUGAAUUUGCCUCUAUGUUUUUAAUUCGAUGGGUAUUCACAGCAUAUGAUUACUUGACAGAAAUUAUUGAUGACGUUCUUCACAAUAAUUGGCGUGAGAUGAUGCCUCUGCUGUCACUGAUAUUCUCAGCAUUAUUCAUCUUGUUUGGCACUGUUGUCAUCCAGGCCUUCAGUGAUUCGAGUGAAGAUAUACCGGCAAAACCAAAAUCAAAAGAAGCCUCAAAGACAGAAAAUGGGUCACCCAACAAUACCAGCACAUCAAGUCGUCAACCAAGGAAGAACUUUGUGGAGGUGACAGAGCUGACUGACAUCACAUACAUGAGCAACCUAGUGAAAUUAAGGCCAGGGCACACCAAUGUAGUACUGGUCCUCACAGACGCUUCUAAAAACGUUCUACUGAGCAAGUUUGCUAAGGAGGUGUAUUCAUUUACAGGGAGCCUGACACUGCACUUCUCCUUCCUAAAUGUGGACAAGCACAGUGAGUGGAUGGACACCUUGCUGGAGUUCGCCCAGGACACAAUGCAGAUCGACACCGACGAGGACGAGACCGGCAACCGCAAGGUAGACUACACAGGUUAUGUCCUGGCUCUCAACGGCCACAAGAGGUACCUGUGUCUCUUCAGACCUGUCUACACUGGGGAAGACCCCGACAAAUCCGAGGAGGAAGGGACCACUUCGGGGACUCGGUCCAGGUCGAGCUUGCGCGACGAGCACCAGCACCAGUCACGGAAAGGGACGUCCCGCUCCCGCUCCACCUCACUGCAGAUCCAUCACAAGCUGGACCGACUCGGCCUCUGGAUGGAGAGGCUCAUAGAGGGAACCUUGCCACGGUACUACAUCCCUGCCUGGCCUGGCCUGGACAAGAUCACGGUCACUAAGUAAACCCCUUGUGUGUAGAGGGAUUGGGGCAAAGAUCAUUAAGGGCGGAGCAAGAUACUUCAUGAGAAGCCACUUCCUGGAACCCGAAACGCAAGAGGGAGGGGGGCAAAAUCCCCCUUUAUGCAGAGCUGUUCCAUUGAAGUCUAUGGAGAUGACACGCAUGACACACCCCCUUUAUGCAGAGGAAGUGAUCUCCGUUUUGCGCCCAUAGACAUGAACUCCGACGACGUAUCUUGCUCCGCCUUAAGGAUCUUUGAUUGGGGUUUGGCUGAUAUCUGGUUGUAGUCCGGUUGUAGAAAAAAGGCAUGUACACUAUUUAAUGGCAGAGGGUUUGCCUCUGUCACUGAGGUAUGUUUAUGUGCAUGGACCAGAGUGGUUCUGUGUUUGUGAAUUACUGCCUUAUGCCAAGCAAACACUGUGCAAUUUUCACCCGAUUUAGCCCCAAAUCAGUCAGAUCCGACAAAUGCCUGAUUUGGGCCAUAUUCCUGUCUGAUAUGUUGUGUAUUUCGAGCAGGCUCACAACCCCUAAUUAAAGGUUCAGCUCUGCUCCGGUCCGAUCAGAUUUCCGUCAGAACAUUUUGUCGGCUGUCUUACAUUGUGAGCAGUCGAACGCACACUGUGAGCUCAGAAUUCUGAUUGAAAGAUGUAGUGCGAGUUCAAGGUCUUAGGCGACUGACAAAAAAAAUGCACAGUGUCUGCCCGGCUUAAGUUGGAGCCUGGAUACAUUGACUUAGUUUCACAGAGUAUUGUUUUGGGGAAAUGAAAGGUUGCAGGCAUGGUCUGGUAGACCUUAGUGCAACUCAUGCAGUGGGAAUAAGUCACGCCACCUUUCCUUAGCAUGCUGUGAUGUGUUUGCUGCUCUAUUCAUAUGUAUCUCUAUAUGUUGAAUCACUGUGGAUAACCGUAGAGUGCUAGACCUUACACAUCUUAUUCAAAUAAUACAUAUCUAUACUUAUCAUUUCUGAGACAACUAUUGGUGGCCCACAGAUACCAUUAACAGCUCUUACCUCUCUAGGCCUUAGGCACAUGUACUGUAUACACCCACUGUCUACAAGCAUUUAGAUGCAGUUGAAUUUUAACAUUUUCACUUGGAUUUGUUUGUAAAAAAAGUGACUUUUCUUGCAUUUGCUCAUCAUCAUAAUAGUUAAAAGGUACUCUCUCACAUAAUGGUAGCAUUCCCCUUAAUAACAUUUUUUUAAAAAGAGAAUUAAAAAAGGCAUUUAAUGGCCUGGAUUAUCUGUGCUGCAGAUAAGGGACUAAGGAAGUAAUAAUAUUUUGACCACAGGUCAAAACAGGACCAGUAAACCUACAGUAAAUAUUCAUAAUUUAAGUGGCACAGAUGUUUAAUCAAGAAAGAGACAGUGCAGCUAUUCAAUUGUGAGUAUAGACGAACUGGUCAGUUAGCUUUCCCUGAGAGCAAUGCAGCCUGGCGUGACUUGAAAUGUAAACAUGUACAGUAGGCUAUUUACUGUUUGGAUCUUCCAAAUCAUCAUCACAUAAAACAAAUGAUGACAUAUCACGGAAGGAUGACGAAUCUCAUCAAGGAAGAUAGCUUACAGUGGUUCAUGACACAACUCUAAAAGAGAAAUAUAAAUGGCCUGAGUGUGAAUCAUGUGAAUUCAUUAAGACCUGAUCAUUUCGUGCAAAUUGGGCUUAUUGACGGUUUCAAUGUAAACUGCAUACAAGACACUUAAAGAUCAUUCAACCUUGCUGUGUAACGUUCUAGAAUUUAGAUUGUCAAAGUUGUCCAGUUUUUUUGCAGCUUGUUCAUAAAACCAUUUCAUUUAAAGGAGAUGGUAUGAAUUUUGAAAGUGAAAUGUCCUGAUUUACAGGAAAAGAGAUGAGCUCUUAUUCGUGUCCAGUUUUGUGUGACAUUUUGCAGCCUUGUCUCUGUUUUUCUUCAUAGAGCAGACAGCAUUUAAUCUGGUGGUGGCUAUAAGGCCUUCAAAUAAUCUUACAUGGACUCACACGAGUAGUGAGCAGACAGACAGAUCAGACAAAGGGAUACAAUACUGAAAAUCUUUAAUUGAAUUUAA